AUGACACUCAUAUUACCCAUUCUACUAGUUGCAGUUGGGACUGUGUUUGGACGCAAUUUGGAGGAGAGCCAAAAGAUUCCACUGACUCUUGAACUUCAGGGAGAUGUUUCAGACAAGAUAUUCACGGCUCCAGCAAACGAUUUUUUGGACGGAAACUUCUAUGUAGUAAUGCCAGAACACAGUGCAAAGUAUAGAAUUGGCGACGUUGUGGAUAACCAGGAACUAGUUUUGGAGGACUCCGAGCGGAACGUAAUCAGGACUGUUGCCUCAUUUAAAAGUAGAAACAGACGGUACAUCAAGGUAAUAGAUACAAAGAUUGGAGGGGACGGCGUAUUGAAGCGAGAAGUGGAGGAAUUUUACAGGGAUCCCUCAAUGAAGACCUACAUGCCAAUUAAUAGAGAACCGGUUGAUUUUGACAUUUUGAACUUUGCAAGAAACCCGUACAUACAUAUCACGUAUUUAAGGAACCGUAGAGACAUCAAGUUUUCCAUUAAAUUUGAAAUGAAUGAUCACUUUAGAAUUGGGGUAUGCAAGUAUGGCGAUAGGAUUAUCCAUGCGCUGGUAACGGACGUCCUGUACAAAACCGUCUACUUUUAUGGGUCCUAUAGGCCUCAUAAAAUUAUCAUUUAUUCGUAUAUGAAGAAUGGAACUUUUAUAAAGUCAAAGUACAUCUUUGUCGGUGGUGAAGAAAUGUUUAGACUUGAAGAAGAAUUGACCGAUUUAGAAACUAUGAAUUAG